AUGUCAGAAGAAAUAAAACCCGUAAUUGCUUCAUGCAGUAAUAUAGUACUUACUCAUGAUUUAUAAAAUCCUUAUCCUCUACUGAGUAAAAGACCACACGAAGGAAAUGUUAAUUGCGUAGUAUGGAACCACAACAACCUUGUACUAGCAAGCUGUGGUAAUGAUGGUAAAAUAGUACUUUCUAACUCAAGAAAAUAAGGAAAUCUCAUAUAAUUUGAUGAUGAUAUUUAAAAUAGUUCUCCAUUAACUUCAAUAUAAUUUACUUCUGCUUCAACUAAAUUAGCAAGCGGAGGAAGCAAUGGAAGAGUUAAAAUAUACGAUUUGAAGAAUUAAUGUAUAGCAAAAACAUAUUCUAAUCAUUUUGGAGGUGUAACUUGUGUUGAUUGGCAUUAAAAUGAUUACAUUUUAGCAAGCAGUAGUUAAGUUGGCGAUAUUUUUCUAUAUAAUACAGAGAAUGAUUAAUAAGUAGCUACAUUUAGUGAAAAUAAUUCAGUUCAGCAAAUAAAAUUUUCUCCAUAGAGAAAUAACUACUUAGCUUCUUGUUGUGGAGAUGGCAGAGUAAGCUUUUGGGAUGUAAAUACAAAAUAAUAAAUUGCUGUCUUUUAAAAUCAUCAAAGUAAAGUAAAUUCUGUGACUUUUUCUCCCCAUAACAGAGUACUUGCAACCUCAGCUUCUUUGGAUGCUACAAUUAACUUAUAUGAUAUAAACGAAAAAAAAGUGGUCAAGAAACUAUCAUGUGAUUCACCAAUAACUUCACUUGCUUUUCAUAGUGAUGGAUACACACUUAUAGCUGGUACAUUGUAUGGCGAGUUGAUGGUUUAUGAUCUCAAAAAUUUGCCAAAGCCUAAGCUACUGCUUGAAGGUCACACAAAAAAUUAAGCAGUUAACUAUAUUAGUAUAAUAAAAAAUAAUGAAUCCAGAUCUCAAGUAAAUUCAAGUGCACCUAAUUCAUAAUAAGCACCAAAUAAUAAAACUAGCAGCUUAAAAGACAUUUCAUAAACAAAAUACCCAUAAAAUUUAAGCUAAGCUAGUAAUUAAGAGCAAUCAAUUUAAGGCACAAAAUUAAAUGAUACAAUUUCGUCUUAAAAAUCAAAAACUUCAGAAACAUCUUCUAUAAACCCUUCCAAAUUUAACUAAAACAAUAAUUAUGGAAAUUAUUCUGAUAGAGAUAUUUAAUAGAAAUAAAUAAACAAUAAUAACAACAACUAUAAUAUGACUUCUCCUUCAAUAAAUAACUCUAAUGGAAAGUAAUUUAGUAACAAUUAGUUUGCACAACCAUUAAAUUAAAACACUAGCAUAAAAGAAAGUGGAAUUUAGUAGCAAUCACCAGCUCCAAUAUCAAAGUAGUCUCAAAUAUCUAAUUCAAAUACUCUAGCUAAUAACACAAACUUGCAAAAUAUUUAAAGUGGAAAAAGUUCUCAAAUAAUCUAAAAUAAUUACGAUAAUCAAAAUAUAUCUACAAUUAAUUCUUAGUUGGCCAGAAAAUCAAGUGCUAAUUAUCAAGAAGAAGACAAUAAAGGAUAAAAUGGACUUUCUAAAAACUAUAGUAGCAAGCAUAUCUAUAAUUAAAAUUCCAUGAUUUUAAGCUCUACAAAAUAGUCUACUUUAUUAUAAUAAAAUUAAUUAUCUUCUAGUAAAUUAUAAUCACCUGGAUAAGAAGAUUACUCAGAGAUGAAGAGAUCAGGAAUAACUAAUGUUCAGCCCUAUGAGUUACCACCAAAAGCCUCUACAAUAAUAGAAAGAACUAAUGGCAAAAACCUAUCAUAAUUAUAGUAAUAGCCUUCACUGCCUACUUAAUAAGGGGAUGAUUUUACAAGCAAAUAAAAAUAAUAUAUUAAAAAUAUGAUGGAAGACUAUUUUUUAGAUAUGAAAUUUAGCUUUUCCGAGUAAUUUUAGAACCUGCAUAUCGAAAUAAUCCGUUAAUUUUAAAUUUAAUAGAAUGAGUUAACAGCCCUACUUGAGUAAUAUGUGAACAAGAAUAAAGCUUUGGAGGAAAAAAUGUAAUAGUUGUAGUUAGAAAAUGAUAGAUUAAAAAAAUCAACUUAUUGA